CCUCCAGAACUCCCAGUGACGCCACAGAAACCAGGACCCGUCGUCGUCCAGGGCAACAACAACAACCCAGCCAGCGAGAAGCUGGAGAGAGUCCGCAAGUGGAGCAUCACCACCUACAAGUGCACCCGGCAGGCUCUGCUGGAGAAGCUCGGCCGGGGGUCUCGGACGGUGGACCUGGACCUGGAGCCUCGCCUCGAGCUGCUCCGAGACGACCGCCAGCGCUACGACAACGUGACCAAGCUGGCCGAGACGCUGGCCAAUCAGCUCGCUCAGUUCUCAGUCACCCAGAAGACCCUGGGGGACGCCUUCAGCGACCUCAGCGUCAAGACGCCAACGCUGCACGUGGAGUUCGGCGUGAAUGCGGAGGCGCAGAAGUUUCUGUCGAGGAGCGGCGAGACUCUGGCGGCGGCCGUUACCGCCUUCACCUCCGACAUGAACACGCUGGUCAACAAAACCAUGGAGGACACGAUGGUCAACGCCAAGCAGUACGAGGCGGCCAGGAUGGAGUACGAUGCGUACCGAGUGGACCUGGAGGAGCUGAACCUGGGACCCCGGGACGCCGUCACCCUGCCCAAACUGGAGCUGGCCCAGAAGGACUUCCAGAGCCAGAGGGAGCGGUACCAGAGGGUCCGGGACGGCCUGGCCGUCAAAGUCAAGCUGCUGCAGGAGAACAAGGUCAAAGUCCUCCACAACCAGCUGUGGCUGCUGCACGGCGCCGUCGCCGCCCACUGUCUGUCGUGUCAGAAGUUCCUGGAGCAGAACAUGCGCCAGGCCGGCGAUCGGCUCCAGCCCCCCGGCGUGGGCGCCCCCUCCUGGCUGGAGGAGAGCUGACAC